AUGGCAGGAGAACACGGUGACAAUUAUUGUUAUCAACUUGUGCAUUAUAUUCGCCGUUUCCAAGGUAUGGAAUCAUUGGAAGCUCUAUCGCCUCCAAAGACAAUUAUUAUCAAUCAAGAUUUUGCACAAUGCCAUGGCGUGGCACCGUUCUAUCUUGAUGAUUUGUUCGAUAUACCAUCACGCAGUCAUCCCCGAUACGGAAAUCAAGGUGGUCAAUUUACCGAUACUACAGAAAGGAAUCAUUUGGCAGUAAUGCAAGUAGCACGAGAUACCAAAUUUGUCUACUUUUAUGCACGUGCACGUGAACCGUGGGUAAAAGGUAAUGUGUUUAAUUGGAUAUUACUCAAUAUCGAUAAUAGCUAUGAGGCAGGAUGGCGUCGAUUUUGA